AAAUGGGGAAGAAGAAAGAGAAGAAGCCGGGAAAGGGGAAGGAGAAGACCGAGCGCAAGACGGCUAAGGCGGCAGAGAAGCGUGCUCGUCGCGACGACAAGAAGGUUCCGGAUGAGGAUGACAUUGAUGCGAUUCUGGCUAAAAUCCAGAAGGAGGAAGCAAAGAAGAGCGAGGUUCACGUCGAUGAGAAUGUAGCAGCGCCUUCACCACGAUCCAAUUGCUCUGUGACUGUAAACCCCGUCAAGGACACUGAGCUGAUCGUGUAUGGAGGUGAAUUCUAUAACGGUGACAAGACUUACGUUUAUGGCAAUCUCUAUCGAUACAAUAUCGAGAAGAACGACUGGAAGCUUGUCACCAGUCCAAACAGUCCUCCCCCAAGAAGUGCUCACCAGGCGGUUGCAUGGAAAAAUUGGCUCUUCAUUUUUGGUGGUGAAUUCACGUCUCCAAAUCAGGAGAGAUUUCAUCACUAUAAGGAUUUAUGGAGACUGGACCUAAACACAAAUGUAUGGGAGCAGCUUCAACUAAAAGGCUCCCCAGGUGCUCGUUCCGGACAUAGAUUGGUUCUCUACAAACAUAAACUUAUUCUAUUUGGUGGAUUUUAUGACACGCUGCGGGAAGUAAGGUACUUCAAUGAUCUUUACGUGCUGGAUUUAGACGACUACAAGUGGCAAGAGAUAAAACCCAAGCUUGGAGCUGCCUGGCCUUCGGCUAGAAGUGGUUUUCAGUUUGCUGUUUAUUUAGAUGAGAUUUUCUUGUACGGUGGCUAUUUCAAAGAGCCUGCCCCUGACAAAGAUCAAUCCGACAAAGGUGUAGUGCUCGCAGAUAUGUGGACGUUAGAUCCACGGAAUUGGGAGUGGGACAAGGUGAAAAAAUCUGGUAUGGCUCCUGGGCCAAGAGCAGGAUUUUCUAUGUGUGUCCACAAGAAACGAGCCAUCUUGUUUGGUGGUGUAGUUGAUACUGAUGAUAAAGGUGAUUCGCUGCACAGCGUUUUUAUGAAUGAGAUGUAUGCUUUUCAGAUGGACAAUCGCAGAUGGUAUCCUUUGGAGCUUCGCAAGCCAAAGAGCCUCAAGAAUAAGAAGAAAGUGGUCAAUCCAAAUGUGGAAAAUCCGUCUGUAGAAGGAGAAGGCGUUGAGAGUCAAAUGGAAGCUACAACCUUGGAAGACGAACCCACGACUGAGUUCCAGGUUGUUAAGCCUUGCAGUAGAAUCCAUGCUGGAAUGGUCGUUGGAAAGGAUACUUUGUUUCUGUAUGGAGGUAUGAAAGAAGUUGGGGAGAAAGAAGUGACACUCGACGACCUUUUCUCGCUGGACCUGAAUAAACUCGAUGCGUGGAAGUGCAUUAUUGAGGAAACACAAAGUGAAUGGAUUGAAGUUAGUGACGAGGAAGGUGAAAGUGAUGAUGACAACAGUGAUGCUGGAUCGAUUAGUAAUGGAACAGACGACGAGGAGGACGAUGGCGAGGUAGUAAAAGAGAUAUAUAGCAAAACUUGUAUGUUUACUCUUGUAUUCCAGGAUGCAGCGGAGUCAUCGCAACGAGUUGAAGAGGCAGCUGCUAUUCUGAGGGGCGAAGGCAAAAGACUGACACGAAAGGCACGGAAAUUAAAGAUCGAUCAAAUGCGGUCCGAGCUGGGCCUAGCUGAUUCCCAACGAACACCUUUGCCUGGGGAAACGCUGAGAGAUUUUUUCUCCCGGACGAUCAUGUAUUGGCAAAUGGCUGCUUACGACCACACCCAACACACUGGAAAGGAGCUCAGGAAGGAUGGAUUUGACUUGGCGGAGACACGCUACAGAGAACUUAAACCCGUCCUGGACGAGCUCGCAAGACUUGAAGCCGACCAAAAGGCCGAAGAGGAAGAAGAGGCUACCAAACCUUCCAAGAAGCGCAGCAAUAAAUGAAUAGAUUACAGUUAUUCUCCAAGGCCAUGGUGAUAGAAUUUUGCCUUUGCUCCUCCGUAAUCUUGGAUUCUUGGAGACUGGUUCAAGGCACGUCUGACGAGACGCUAGCUGCAGCCUCGGUUUCUGCUGGAGCAGCCUCCUCCUGGCACUGUUGUCGUAGCUGGAAGAAAGAGAAGAGUUUUACACUGGAAAGAGAAAAGAAAAUGUUACCUCCAGCUGUGCGUGUAGGUGCUCACUGCCAUAGCAAGCAACAGAGAAAGAAAUACGGAUCAGGAAGAAGAAAGCAGCAGCAGUGUUUCAAGCACAAAAUGAAGAAAACAAGAGAGAGAAGAAAAGAUUGUUUUUUUUCAUGUUGAUGAAGACUGGACUCUUGAUUUCGAGAAAAUGUGUUGUAACUUUCAUUCAA